GAAGAUAAGAACAUGUGUCAAAGAUAUUCUUCCCGAGGUAGUGCCGUGGGACAUUGAGAGACUGCCACAUGGCCUUGGGAUCUCCAUUGUUGGUGCAGCACAAUCCUUUACUUCACAUUCAAAGAUGACUGGCAAUUGCGAUUGGCUUAUAAUAUCUGCUACUUCCCUCUCUUUCCCUCUCUGUCAACUUGGGAAAUAUGUUCAAUUUGCUUUCUCUCUGAGUCUACCUGAAGCCUUCGUUUACAUUCCUAAAAGCUACUGUUACCAGAACUUUUCUUCUGACAUAAGGAAAACCAAAGUUCUUGUUUUUGGUUGUUUAAAUCAAGAACCGAAGCUUGAAAGUUGAAGGUUUUUUUUUUUUUGGCAAAACAAUGGCUGCAACUUCGUUUCAAAAACCUUCAGCAACAUUUUUCACAGGAACCCAGUUUCCUGUGUCCAUCUCUAAGUAUAUUCCAACAGAGUCCUUGCCUUGUAUUCAUUGUAAAUGCCAUUUUAGAAGCAAAACAAGUAACCCAAAGAAGAGAGUUUUACAAGUCAAAGCCACAGUGGCAGGAACCCAAAGUGCUUCAAAGUCAAGUGAGAAGAAUGAAUUUGAUGGGAACCAAUUGGAGAAGAAGAAGCUGAGGGUAUUGGUUGCUGGGGGUGGUAUUGGAGGAUUGGUUUUUGCAUUGGCUGCAAAAAAGAAAGGGUUUGAUGUAGUGGUGUUUGAGAAGGAUAUGAGUGCUAUAAGAGGUGAGGGGCAAUACAGGGGUCCAAUUCAGAUACAAAGCAAUGCAUUGGCUGCUUUAGAGGCUAUUGAUAUGGAAGUUGCUGAGAAAGUAAUGGAGGCCGGUUGCAUCACUGGAGAUAGAAUUAAUGGAUUGGUUGACGGGGUUUCCGGUUCUUGGUACAUCAAGUUUGAUACAUUCACCCCUGCAGCGGAAAGAGGGCUUCCAGUCACAAGAGUUAUUAGUAGGAUGACUUUACAAGAAAUCCUGGUUCGUGCAGUUGGGGAAGACAUAAUUUUUAAUGAGAGCAAUGUUGUUGAUUUUGAGGAUGAUGGACGUAAGGUGAGGAACAACUUAUUUGGGCCAAAGGAAGCUGUAUACUCAGGAUACACUUGCUAUACCGGUAUUGCAGAUUUUGUGCCUGCUGAUAUUGAGUCCGUUGGGUACCGUGUAUUUUUGGGACACAAGCAGUACUUCGUUUCCUCGGAUGUUGGUGCUGGAAAGAUGCAGUGGUAUGCAUUUCACCAGGAACCAGCUGGUGGAGUGGAUAGCCAUGGUAAAAAGGAGAGGCUACUUAAAAUAUUUGAGGGUUGGUGUGAUAAUGUGAUAGAUUUGUUGCUUGCUACUGCUGAAGAUGAUAUUCUUCGACGCGACAUAUAUGACCGAACACCCUCACUAACUUGGGGAAGGGGGCGCGUGACCUUGCUUGGGGAUUCUAUCCAUGCAAUGCAGCCAAAUAUGGGUCAAGGGGGAUGCAUGGCCAUUGAGGAUAGUUAUCAAUUAGCAUUGGAACUUGAUAAGGCAUGGAAACAAGGUGUUGAGUCAGGGACUGCUGUUGAUGUUGUUUCUUCUUUAAAGAGCUAUGAGGGAGCUAGAAGACUGAGAGUUGCCAUUAUCCAUGGAAUGGCAAGAAUGGCUGCAAUGAUGGCUUCAACUUACAAGGCUUAUUUAGGUGUAGGGCUAGGUCCAUUGUCGUUUUUGACAAAAUUUCGGAUACCGCACCCAGGAAGAGUUGGUGGCAGAUUUUUUAUUGACUUAGCAAUGCCCUUAAUGCUCAGUUGGGUCUUAGGUGGUAACAGCUCAAAACUUGAAGGAAGGUCCCUAAGUUGCAGACUCUCAGACAAGGCAAGUGACCAAUUGCGGACAUGGUUUGAAGACAAUGAUGCAUUGGAGCAGACUAUAAAUGGAGAGUGGUUUUUGUUCCCAGUUGGAAAUGAAGUAGUUGCCUCACAGCCUAUUCGUCUAAGUAGGGAUGAGAACAAACCUUUCAUGAUUGGGAGUGUAAAAAGUGAGAAUUUUCCAGGAGCGUCAGUGGCGGUGCCUUCACCCCAGGUAUCCAAAACGCAUGCUCAAAUCUGCUAUAAGGAUGGUGCAUUCUUCCUAAUUGAUUUGCAGAGUGAACAUGGGACCUAUAUAGACCAUGAAGGGAGAAGAUCUCGGGUACCACCAAAUGUUUCUACUCGUGUUCGUCCAUCAGAUGUCAUUCAGUUCGGUUCAGAUAAGAAGGCAGCUUUCCGGGUAAAGGUGAUGAGAUCACCUCCUAAGAUUGCUGAGAAGGAUGAGGGCGGGAUUCUUCAGGCAGUAUGAGAGGUCAUGAAGCUGCCAUUUUUUGAAUUUAUAGCACUGUACAGCAUUUAUUUACACUGGUGGAGUAAAUGAAAAUCUGCUACAUUUUGUAAAAAAGUAGGAGCUGAAUUCGGAUUAUUAUACAAGAAAUGUCAUAUACUUCUGCACAGCUUCGGGCGGAGCAUGGAUACGAAAUGUCAACUUCCAUUUCUUUUGAA